AUAGAAACGCACUUAAUGUAUUUAAUAAAAACAAGUUUGAAGUUCGAUCCAAAAAUGAAUCUGAUGGUCGACUAUUGUUUGAAGGUUGGCUACUGUUUGAAGGUCGACUACUGUUUGGAGGAC